AUGGCUUUCUGCCAGUCAACUGCUGGCAGCCUUGACGUGGCCAAUGUUGCUCUCUACAUGAGCGAGUCUAGUGGCGUUCUGGAUCUAUCAUGGGACAAUGGGCCGAUGCAUCUUUCGCAGCAACUUGCAAAUUUAGGCUUGGUCGUGCAAUCGGCAGCUGAUGCCCAACCUUCCCUUGGCGACAUCGAUGCUCCCAGCGCCUACAUCAUUCCUGCUCAAUAUGGGCAUACACUGUACACAGCGGCAGAGGAUAUGAGCGAGGUCGCAUCGUUUCUUUCCCAUGGUGGCCUUGUAAUCGUUCUUGACGCCGGCCUGGGAAAUGGUGCAGCCCUGCGAGAUUUCGUUUCACAAGCGCUGUCUCUGAAAGGCGCAUGGAAUCUGUGCAAGCAGACUGGCACGACUGACAAGUUGCGGCGCUUUAGCCGCUCGAGCGGUCCUUCGCUCAGCGAUGCCGCACUUUCUUUCCUCCCUGGUGGGAGUUUUCCUGGUUCGCCCGACUGGCCUGAGACCCUUGAGGACGCGCGCAUCAGCACUACCUACACGUCCUGCCAGCACCAGGAUAGCGACGCUGUCAUUAGACCGCUUUACACGCUCUUCGGCGACGAAAUGCAGGUCGCUGCGCAGGCAAGUAGAGAAUGCGAGGCGUUCGGCAAGGUUGGCAGCCCCGGCGCCGUGGUGUGGCUCGGUUACAGCUGGAAGGACGGGCCCCAGCCGCAAUGGGGCGCGCUGCUGAAGAAGCUCAUCACCGACUUCGCAAACGGGCUGUACGAAAUUCCGCUUGAGGAAGACCCGGCGCCCACGGAUAUGCUGUCUUGGAUUAUUGAGGGCGCCGCGGACGUCGGCCGGGAUAUCGACAGUGUCGUGAGGCGCUCGUUGCUCGUGCCCGCUGUCUACCCGCCUGCGCCAACCCAUGGUAACAACGGUAACAAAGGCAACCAUGGCAACAACGGGAAUAACAGGAACAACGGCAAGAGCAGGAGCCAUCGCCUUUUCGAGGCCGUUGUAAGGCGCUCCAUGCUUGCGCCCACAGUGUAUCAGGCCGCCCUAAGCAAUGGAGACGACGACAACGGCCAUCGCCGUCGCCUUGCUGAUGACGUCACCGAGCAGCUUGUCAACAGCGUUGUAAAGCGCUUCAUGCUUGCGCCCGCAGUCUACCCGGCCGCCCCAAGCAAUGUAGACGACGGCAACAGCCAUAGUUCUCGCCUUGCUGAAGACGACACCGAGCAGCUUGUCAACAGCGUUGUAAAGCGCUUCAUGCUUGCGCCCGCAGUCUACCCGGCCGCCCCAAGCAAUGUUGACUAUGGCAACAGCCAUAGUUCUCGCCUUGCUGAAGACGACACCGAGCAGCUUGUCAACAGCGUUGUAAAGCGCUUCAUGCUUGCGCCCGCAGUCUACCCGGCCGCCCCAAGCAAUGUUGACUACGGCAACAGCCAUAGUUCUCGCCUUGCUGAAGACGACACCGAGCAGCUUGUCAACAGCGUUGUAAAGCGCUUCAUGCUUGCGCCCGCAGUCUACCCGGCCGCCCCAAGCAAUGUUGACUACGGCAACAGCCAUAGUUCUCGCCUUGCUGAAGACGACACCGAGCAGCUUGUCAACAGCGUUGUAAAGCGCUUCAUGCUUGCGCCCGCAGUCUACCCGGCCGCCCCAAGCAAUGUUGACUACGGCAACAGCCAUAGUUCUCGCCUUGCUGAAGACGACACCGAGCAGCUUGUCAACAGCGUUGUAAAGCGCUUCAUGCUUGCGCCCGCAGUCUACCCGGCCGCCCCAAGCAAUGUUGACUACGGCAACAGCCAUAGUUCUCGCCUUGCUGAAGACGACACCGAGCAGCUUGUCAACAGCGUUGUAAAGCGCUUCAUGCUUGCGCCCGCAGUCUACCCGGCCGCCCCAAGCAAUGUUGACUACGGCAACAGCCAUAGUUCUCGCCUUGCUGAAGACGACACCGAGCAGCUUGUCAACAGCGUUGUAAAGCGCUUCAUGCUUGCGCCCGCAGUCUACCCGGCCGCCCCAAGCAAUGUUGACUACGGCAACAGCCAUAGUUCUCGCCUUGCUGAAGACGACACCGAGCAGCUUGUCAACAGCGUUGUAAAGCGCUUCAUGCUUGCGCCCGCAGUCUACCCAGCCGCCCCAAGCAAUGGAGACGACAACAGCCAUAUACAACGGCAACAAGGCAAUAGCAGGAGCCGUCGCCUGUCGGACGCCGACGUUGAGCAGCUUGUCGACAACGUUGUAAGGCGCUCCAUGCUCGUGCCCGCUGUGUACCCGCCCGCCCCAAGGAAUGGCAACGACGCUAAGAACGGCAAUAGCCGAAGCCGGCGCCUUUACGGGGAUGACGUUGAACAAGUCGUCCGCCUAUUCUUGGCUGUUGCACCCGCUGCUGUCUACCCUGGUGGUCCUGCUGUUGCUAGCAGCAACGGCAACAUCGAGGGCAAUAUUGAAAAGGGCAACAACGACAAAGGCAAUCGCCGGGCACUUUACGAAGAUGAUAUGUACCAGCUGGCCCGCAGAUUCCUGACCACAGCGCCCACCCCGAUUUACCCUUCAAUUCGCGGUGACAGCGUUAACGACAUCGGCAGCAACAGCAAACUGCACUAG